GGCGAGGCGGGCGGAUGCUGGCGGCUCGGCACGUCGUGUGCGCCCUGUCCGGCGGAGUGGACAGCGCCGUGGCCGCGCUGCUGCUGAGGCGGAGAGGUUACCAAGUGACAGGGGUAUUUAUGAAGAACUGGGACUCACUGGAUGAACAUGGAGUUUGCGCUGCUGACAGAGACUGCGAAGAUGCUUACAAAGUUUGCCAGAUCUUAGACAUCCCUUUCCGUCAGGUGUCCUACGUGAAGGAGUAUUGGAAUGAUGUGUUCAGUGAUUUUUUAAAUGAGUAUGAAAAAGGAAGGACUCCUAAUCCUGACAUAGUCUGCAAUAAGCACAUCAAAUUCAGUUGCUUUUUUCAUUACGCUGUGGAUAAUCUUGGAGCAGAUGCCAUUGCCACAGGUCACUAUGCAAGAACUUCACUGGAAGAUGAAGAAGUCUUUGAGCAGAAGCACAUUAAGAGACCGGAAGGGCUUUUCAGAAAUCGGUUUGAAGUUAGAAAUGCGGUAAAGCUUCUUCAAGCAGCUGACAGCUUUAAAGACCAGACCUUCUUUCUCAGCCAGGUUUCCCAGGAUGCCCUGAGAAGAACCAUCUUCCCUCUGGGGGGAUUAACGAAAGACUUUGUAAAGAAAAUAGCUGCUGAGAAUAGACUCCAUCACGUGCUUCAGAAGAAGGAGAGCAUGGGCAUCUGUUUUGUUGGUAAAAGAAAGUUUGAGCAUUUCAUUCUUCAGUAUCUGCAGCCUCGCCCUGGUAACUUUAUUUCUAUAGAAGACAAUAAAGUCCUGGGAACACAUAAAGGUUGGUUCCUGUAUACCUUGGGCCAGAAAGCUAAGAUAGGCGGCUUGAGAGAGCCCUGGUACGUGGUGGAGAAGGAUGGCACCAAGGGCGACGUGUUUGUGGCCCCCUGGACGGACCACCCGGCCCUGUACAGGGACCUGCUUCGGACCAGCCGUGUGCACUGGAUCGCAGAGGAGCCGCCCACCACACUGGUCCGGGACAAGAUGAUGGAGUGCCACUUCCGAUUCCGCCACCAGAUGGCACUAGUGCCCUGCGUGCUGACCCUCAAUCAGGACGGCACCGUGUGGGUGACAGCUGUGAAGGCUGUGCGGGCCCUCGCCUUGGGACAGUUCGCCGUGUUCUACAAAGGGGGCGAGUGCCUGGGCAGUGGGAAGAUCCUGCGGUUGGGACCAUCUGCCUACACGCUCCAGAAGGGCCAGAGCAAAGCCAACAUGGCCACCGAGGGCCCAGGUGAUGGCCCAGGCCUGUGUCCCUCACUCUGAAAGAGGCUGAGCUGCUGAGAGGAGUUCCGGGAGAACAGAGCUGAGGGCCGGGCGGGCAGUCUGGUCACCGAGGGCCUUGCUGCUGCUGAACCAGGAGCGGACAGGCUGGGCACGGCUCCACAGAGCCUCCAGAGCUGGGAGAGCCCGUCUCCUCCGAGCUGGAGCUCCGGCUGGCCAGAGCAUUUGCCGGCAGGUGGGUCUGUCCCGAGGGCCCUAUUUACAGAGCUCCUCUUGCACUGCAUUUCCCACCUUCAUGCACACCAAAGGGACCUGCAGAGAGGCUGCAGGGACAGGACAGUAUUGAAUAAAAAGU